CAGAGGUGCUCAAUUGCGACGACAACAAUGGUUCCGUGGGUUCUACCCGUCUUUCUAUCAUUACCUGGAUCAUACUGAUCCAUGUAGCCUUUUUCCCACUUGUACCAUAUAAUCUCCCCUCACAAUGCGCUCGCACCUAACGCGCACCGUCUUCCGGCGCCUCCUCCGCAACGAAGGCUUCAACUUCCGCUGUCCCCAUCGCCCAGCCCUUCAAAGCCUACGAUGCGGCGCGGUAUCUGCCUUGCAGCCGUCCACCCGACGCUAUGCCUCUGUCUUCGGCUUCUCACCUAAGCCCGAACGUGGCAUCAAAGACCCGGAUAUGGAUCCUGGCUUCUCGACGCUACUCGACCUGGGCCUGAUGAACACGUUGCGCGCGCGCUCGCCCCCCGCCGAGGACCUCGCGAAGGCUUUCCGACAGUUUGUAGCGCACAAGGCUGGCCUAAAGGAGCCGAUCAAUACACUGCAGGCGUCGUAUGUGCUGCGAACUUUCCAGCAUCUGAGGGACACAAAUAGUGCGGAGCCGGAGUUCGGGCUGAAAACGUUUGAUCUGAAGCGCGCGAGGGAUGCGAUGAAGAUUCUGCCUGCGAAGCCGUCGAGCGAACAUGUCGAUUUUGCGAGGGAGGUGUUUGAAGAGCUGAGUCGGAGGGUGGGGCAGGAGAAUCCAGGGGCGUUGCUGGUGGAGGCCAGGGAUUUUGUGAAGGUGCUUACGGCGACGGGGAAUACACUGGAGGCGAGGGACUACCUUGUUCAAUAUCUGGCCGAAGGGAAGGAGCUGAACGACCAUGGGAGCAAGCAGAUCAAGACAAUGUGGUUAUACGUGAUGGAUGGGUUUUCUGCAGAAGGCAAAGAGGCAGAGCUGGCGGAGACUUUCAACAUGGCUUCUGCGAGCGGAUUGCAGUAUGAUGCCGCGGUGCAGGAUAUCAUGACGAGCUUUUACGCGUCCAGAAACAAUGUGACCAAGGCCAAGGAGUGGUUCACCAAGCGGAUUGCGGCAAAGGCCAAUGAGGAAAUCGCAUAUCCGAGAGCGUCGACACUGUUGUCUAUAUUACAUUUCGCUCUCCGGAACAACGAGCUGGAAUGGCUGAAUCCGAUAUUCCGUUCAAUCGUCCAGUCGAAUCCGGAUAAAGCAAACUGGGAUGUUAUUUUACUUUGGGCUGCGGAAGGGCUUGAGAAAGGUCCAGAGGAGGUAGAGCGCAUGAUGGAUGUUAUGGCAAAGCACAACGACGAGAGUUAUAAGCAGCCGGAUAUGGAUACCUUUAACAAACUAGUGGAGUCCGCCAUAUCGAGGAAGAAUCAUUACCUGGCCGAGAGAUAUGUUGCGCUCGCCGAGAGACGUGGCAUCCGGCCAAAUGCCAAAACAUAUAUUAUGCAAAUGGACUACCGGAUCGACGCUCAGGAUCUUUCCGGUGCGCAGGGCGCAUAUGAUGCACUGAGGGCGGAGGAUCUUUCCGAAAGACAAGAUAUCCCCGUUGCCAACAAAUACAUACGAGCUUUGUGCUCUACAUCAUCUCCAAACUACGACAAAAUUAUGUCGGUCGUAACGGACCUUGAGGAGCGAAAUGCGCGCCUAGAAGCCGAUACCUUAUCAUCCCUCGUCAUACUCCACCUCAAGCGCGGCGACAUGACCGAAGUAGUCAAUGCGCUCCAACGCAACGUCUUCCACCACGAUCUCGAAGACCGCGAUCGCACCCGCGAUGCCAUCUUCGACUACUGUCUCGACCGCAGCAACAGCACCGCUCAGGUCUGGGACGCCUAUACCGUUCUACGCAGUGUGUAUCCCGAGACCGGGCGUGACCUGCGCACGCGCCUCAUGACAGAGUUCUUCGAUCGCCGCCGCUCCGAUAUGGCCUGCCACGCCUUUGGACACAUGCGGCAGCACGAUCUUCCCGAGAUCCGGCCGAAUAUCGACACGUAUGUGGCUUGCUUUCUGGGAAUCGGGAAGUGCGCGGACGAUGAGAGCCUGGAUAUGGUGCACAACAUGAUGAAGAUGGACUCAACGGUGGAGCCGUCGACGAAGCUGUAUAACUCGCUGAUGGCCGCGUUCACGGCUGUGGGCGAUGCGGACCGCGCGCUGGAUUUCUGGAUCGAUGUCACGAAUAGUAGGGAGGGACCGAGCUAUGCGAGUCUGGAGAUGGUGUUCCGGGCUUGUGAGAAGAACGAUUUUGGUGAGAAACCUGCCAAGGAGAUUUGGGGCACGAUGAAGAGGAUGGAGAUUGAGAUUACUCCUGAGGUGUUUAAUGCAUACGUCGGAGCUUUGGCGGGACAGGGUCUUGUGGAGGAGGUUAAGAAGUUGAUUGAGGGGAUGGAGGAGGAUGUGGAUUUUGGACCGGAUGUUAAUACGUUGGGCAUAUUCUAUAAUGUCGUGCCAGGGCAGACUAAGAAGGACGCGGUUGAGACUUGGGCUCAAAUAACAUACCCAGAAGUCUGGGCUGAACUGGAGAAGAUUGGCAAGGUGCCAGAUGCGGACGACGAUUACGAAGUGUUCAAUAUUGUACGAGAGUUGAAAGCAUGAGAUGUAUAUAUAUAUUGCCAUGUUUAUAGAUAAUUGACUAGCACCAUCGAAUAUAUGGGAUAUUUAAAAUAGAUGCUGGUAUGAAG